UAAGAAUUGGACAGAAGGUGCCAACCACUCCCUCGCAGGGACGACCAAGAAGGCAAGAACUCGAGUUCCACGGCUGCACCAGCUCUGUACAGCCAGCCCGUCAGACGCCCCUCCUUUCCCCCCGCCGCUCCUCAGAGCUCCGGUGACAGAGCCCGCCGCCGCCGGACUUCCGAUGGCGACGCCUCGGAAGCCGAUGAAGCUCACCCUGCCGCCCCCCGAGUCCACCAUGGGCAAAUUCCUGACGCACAGCGGGACGUUCAGGGACGGGGAUCUGCUCGUCAACAAGGAUGGCCUACGCAUAGUUCCGCAGAGCGAGGGAGGCGAGGCUCCUCCUAUAGAGCCACUGGAUAGUCAAUUGAGCUUAGAUGAUCUAGAUGUAAUCAAAGUGAUCGGGAAAGGUAGCAGUGGAAAUGUGCAAUUGGUCCGCCACAAAUUUACCGGGCAGUUUUUUGCUCUCAAGGUUAUUCAACUAAAUAUUGAGGAUAGUAUACGCAGACAGAUUGCCAAGGAGUUGAAAAUAAACUUGUCAACACAGUACCAAUAUAUUGUUGUGUUCUAUCAGUGUUUUUAUUUCAAUGGUGCCAUUUCUAUUGUUUUGGAAUACAUGGACGGUGGCUCCCUUUCAGAUUUCCUGAAGACUGUUAAAACCAUUCCAGAGGACUACCUUGCUGCUAUCUGUAAGCAGAUACUAAAAGGACUGAUAUACUUGCAUCACGAGAGGCACAUUAUACACAGAGAUCUGAAACCAUCAAAUAUAUUGAUAAAUCAUAGGGGUGAAGUAAAAAUAUCAGACUUUGGUGUAAGUGCCAUUAUUUCUAGCUCCUCUGGACAGAGGGAUACAUUUAUUGGCACGCGCUACUACAUGGCGCCAGAAAGAAUCAAUGCAAAGAAACAUGGUUAUAUGAGUGAUAUCUGGAGUUUGGGCCUAGUAAUACUGGAAUGUGCAACCGGCAAUUUUCCGUUUCCUCCCUGUGAUAGCUUUUAUGAACUCCUCGAAGCUGUUGUUAAUCAACCGCCACCAUCUGCACCAUCGGACCAGUUUUCACCAGAAUUCUGCUCAUUCAUCUCUGCAUGUACCCAGAAGGAUGCUAAAGAUAGGUCAUCAGCACAAGCCUUGUUGAACCAUCCAUACCUGAGCAUGUAUGAUGACCUGCAUGUAGACCUUGCUUCUUACUUCACUACCGCAGGAUCUCCCCUCGCCACUUUCAAUUCCAGGCAACUCUAAAUCACUGUCCUCCUUAGGCAAGACAACUGAAUGCAAGCAUGUGGUGUCAUCUGCUGGAAGGACUGAUAAAACCUUUGGAAAUUCAUGACGUGUAGGUGUAGAGCUGUAGCUUACUGACGCGGAUUUUCUGAGUUUUUCUUUUUUGUUUUCCUUUUUGGAGAAGGCUUGGGUGUGUGUAAUGAGCUGUAAUGAUCUUCUGUGUCAAGUUUGUGAUUGGUUCCAUCACUAUACAUAUAUGACAUACAUAUACUAGGGUCAUUCUCGAGCUAAUUUUAUUUAGUCCAUGAGAAAUCAUAUUGUAAACUACCUCUCCUCUGGCAAAUGAUGUGACGACAAGUGAGACCAUUUUCUUUUUCCUUUCUGGACAA